UUCCAGGACCUUCGGCAAUCCAUUCAAGCCAGCAAGUUUGGAGAGCGUGUUGAGUUUAAUCAAUUCAUAACGUCGAGAUGGAGCCGAACUCACUGAAGUGGGUGGGCUCAUCUUGCGGUUUACAUGGACCAUAUAUAUUCUAUAAAGCCUUUAAAUUUCACCGGGACGGUAAAGCGAGGAUCCUCGCGCUCGGAGACUUUUUCUUCGUCAGAUGUAAACCCGAGGAUCCUAUUUGCAUAGCGGAGCUCCAGCUUCUGUGGGAAGAAAGGACAAGCAAGCAACUUUUAUCAAGCUCGAAACUUUAUUUUCUGCCUGAGGAUAUUCCGCAGGGACGCACGGUCGCUCACGGAGAGCACGAGGUGAUUGCAGUGUCCGAGAAAGUGAUUGUGCGGCUCGAAGACCUGGUGAAAUGGACGGUACCAGACUUCUCAGGAUGGUCCCACGGUCUGAAAGCCGAGCCCCUCAAACCGUCCGUGCUGCGGGAGCUGGGGACCAACGGGAGGCGCGAGGCCCUCCACCGCUACAGGGACAGCACCUUGACCAGCGGACUCAACUUCAAGGACGUCCAGAGAGAGCGGGCACAUCUAGGCCAAGAAGAGGAUGGACGAAAAGUUUUAGUCCUGAGUUACCCACAGUAUUGCCGCUAUCGCUCGGUUUUGGCCCGGCUACGAGAGCAGCCAUCGUCCCUGCUAAUAGAUCACAUCGUGCUGGCGCUGGGCGGCAUCGCCGCACUCGGCGGGAACACGAGGAUCCUGUACUGUCGUGACACAUUCGAACACCCCGCCCUCCUGCAGAACGAGAGCAUUUGUGACGAAUUUGCUCCCAAUCUUAAGGGGCGACCUCGGAAGAAGAAGCUGUCCCUCUCGCAGAGGAGGGAGUCCCAGGGUCAGGCUCAGGGUCAGGGCUCGUCAGGGUCGACCCAGAGUUCAGCAGCUGUUGGAGCGCAGGAGCCGCUCAGCCCAGAGAGCAAAACUACAACCAAGGUCAAACCCAACUGUAAAGCGGUACUCAACGGAAAAAUCACCACACCAGCCAGGCAAAGGGCCACUGGCCUCAACAAAAAAUCCUUAAUUGAGGAAAAGGAGAGGGCAAAAGAGAAGGAGGAGAGAAGCGACAGAAAGGAGGAGAAGAAAGAGGAGGAAGCAUCAGAGGAGAACCGGGCAGAGGAGCAGGCUUUCUUAGUAUCGCUGUACAAGUACAUGAAAGACAGAGACACGCCCAUAGAGAGGAUCCCCUUCCUCGGCUUCAAGCAGAUCAACCUUUGGACUAUGUUUCAAGCUGCUCAGAAACUCGGAGGAUAUGAGCUGAUCACGGUUCGCAGGCAAUGGAAACAUGUAUAUGAUGAACUGGGCGGGAACCCCAGCAGCACAAGUGCUGCCACAUGUACACGGAGACACUACGAGAGGCUCCUCCUUCCUUAUGAGAGGCACAUUAAAGGCGAGCAGGACAAGCCCCUCCCCUUGGCCAAACCCAGGAAGCAGGAUGGCGGCCAAGAGAAGGCCUCUGUCGCCGGAGCCAAAUCGAAAGGAGUGGGGGCCAAGAAGCUAAAAAGCCCCAGCAGUCCAAAGCCGGGGAGCAAAAAGGACCAAGGGGAGACUGCAAAGGGCCAAGAACAAUCACAGGACUUCAAGGGGAAAGAAGGGAAUCACGAGCUGUCUGCUUCAGUAAUGCAAGAUUCAUCUCUGCAAGACGAGCCCAUAAUAAUAGAGGAAGAGGAGUUACAUCUCACUUUGAAGAAGGAAGAAUCACUGUCAGCGGAGCAGCCAUCUCUAUUAUGCCCCAAAGAGCCAGGCUGCAGAUCCCCACACGCCGGCCUCCACCCCCAAAUAAGGCCAGCUCUCCAGUCCGAAUGGAGAAAAAUCAAUGAGCCCGUCUCAUUGAAAGUCGCAGGCGAACAGCAAACUGAAGGGCAUUUCAUUCCUAAAAAUCCUUACCUGCUUCAUCGCUGGGAUCAAAAUAAAGCUGCUGGACACGGGGCUUUGCAAGAACCCUUCUCUAAGGUCAAAGACUCCACCGAGCAUCACGGUGGGAGAGUGGGGAAGGUGCUGCCCAUGUGCAAGCAGACAGAUGGACAAUGCCUGAAUUUGAGCAUAGAUUCUUCACAAGACAAAGAGGACUAUGGCAUCAUUAAGAAAGAGUCUGCUCAGAGCCCCGGGCAAGCAGCUGCCUACAGCAAAACCAGUCAGGGGGUCAUGUCUCCAUUGGCCAAAAAGAAGCUCCUCUCCCAAGUUUGCGAAUCCAACCCUUUCUCCUUUUCUCCUCUUAAGCCUCCACUGUCCACUGUUGCAUCUUCUUUCCCUGUUUUAUCCGUGGCUGACGAGAAGAGAAAAGGGGAGGACAAGGAGGUGAGACAGAGGCGUGGAUCAGACAGCAUCCCCGAGACUAUAUUCAGGCCAUCAGUCAUCCAGCAUGCUCAAAGCAGCAAGGCUCCGCACCAAUCAAACGGAGGCCAACCUGAGAGGAGCGCUGCUGGGGAGCCUUCAGACACCUACAGCUGCCGGACAAACCUGCAGGCUCAGGUCAAUGCACCAUGGCAACCCUUUCUGCCCCGCACCCAAGCUCCGGACACUGUCGAGAACAGCGGAGAGAAGCUACUUCAAGUCUCAGUUGCUCAGUCCAGAAGCUUUGCAGGCGAUUGCUACUCCUCCCCUCACCUCCACAGUCUGUACAGACAAACGGAGAGCUGCUUGAGCCAGGAGAGGAUGGCCGGCUUCACCGGCGGAGAGCGGAGAGAGCACUACACCAGAGAGCAUGAGGGCAGUCAAGGCUUUGUUUGUGGCAGCUUGGAGCCGGAGGGCUUGGCCUACAGGUGUAACUACAGUGACAGGACUCAAACACUUGCUGAAAGCAGGGAAGCUGAAGAUGAGCCUAGAGACUUCUCAAUUUCUAAACCUCUGUCUCAGAGGUUCUCAAAGCCCCCCUUUUGUAGUCUCUCUUAUUCAAUCAUGCAUCAGAGUUUAGAUUCCCAUCCUAAAGCCUGCCGAGUUCCACCUAUGACAAUCUCUCCCCCAAAACAGAGCUCAGUGGAGUCAAUGCAAUCCUUUCCUAGCCCCAAAGUAUCAGGGGAGUCGUCCCUCUCCAGUCCCAUUCGGCCUAAUAAGAGGAGCCUUGUGGAGCCUGAGGGUGAGGACGCCCCAGAAAGAAAAGUGCGGGUGGUGACGCCAGUUCAUCCUGCUGGCACAGUGAGACGCAGCGACCCGGAGGAGCUGAAACCAGCAGAGCCAGCCCACGCAAUUCACCUUAACAAUCAUCUACCCGAGGGCCACCCCACAACCACCUUCCUCCCUCACCACGCUGCUCACCUCUACCCCGGCAUUUACACACACGGCAGCCUGGUGUCACAGGACGGCAUGCGGCAGCACCCGGGCUUGCAGUACUUAAAAAGCCAGUCCGCUGUGUCUCCCCUCGUGCCACCUUUAACCCUCCACUCCAUGAUGUUCCACAGGCAGCUACUGGCCUCCAGCCCAAGCCCUCACCACUUCUACAGGCACCCUGGGGGGGCAGCACUGUACGAAGACCUGUUGCACCAUUUCUACCCUCUCUCCACCCUCCCACCACCUCAGCUGUCCUCGGUACACCCCAGCACCAGACUGUAAAGGAGAGGUGGAAGCUUGCUUUCCCACUCUUCGUACUUCAUCCACAGAAACUGUGUUGGCUUCUCUCUGUCUCUCAUGUUCGGAGAGUGUCGAGACGAAACACUGAUUGCAGCGUUGACUGAUGAAUUUGUCAGUCAGACUGAGAGCUCUAUUUUCUUUUUUUUUUUUACUUGUGUAUUCCUUUCGUUUAUAUACUUUGCACUGUUCUUUGUAUCACCACUUACUGUAUAUUUUUAUGUUGCUGUUGUAUCCCCAUUUGCACAAUGCUCACGUUUGUGCUCACAGAUCAGUUUGCCGCUCUUGAGGCGAGUUGUUGCUCUGGAUAUUUAAAAAGACAAGGGCAGCAGAGAAAAGCCAUGCGUUUACCUCCUCUGAGGGCUACACUUUGUUGCUUAAAACACUACAACUAUGACAGCAGAACUAUAACUAGACGUGCGUUAAAACAUUGCAAUCUUCAGCAGCUGAUGAGCGCAUUAUUACUCUUUAGGCAGCCGCUGCGUUGCAAUUGUUUACAUGGCUAAACUCUGUAGCCUGUUUGUGCCACAGCUAAUUUACCCGGACUGCUUAGAAUAGACGUUAACACUCACUGUGGUGCUGCUUAACACAAGUAGUUUUGAUCAUGACACAUCAUUCAGCGGUGCUGUGUGUGACAGAUGUACUGUCAACUCUUUUUUAUUAUAUUUCAGGUCUUUAUUUGCUGUCUUUCAGUUCGAAAAUGACAAAUCAUGAAUGUUUAUUUGUUAAAAAUUUGGUCCAUCGCACAAUUUGUGAUUAAAAGACUGUUGAAGCUUUUUCUUUCUUUCUGCGUGACCAGCGUAAUGAAGCAGGCAUGUGCUGCAGAGCGCAUUAUAUUAAGAAAAAAGAAAGAAAGAGGAGAAAAAUGACCAUUUCAUCUUUUUGUUCCUCGACUUGAAAAGCUUUUUUUUGAUGCACAGCGCCCUGAAAAGACCCACUGUAUGAUUUCAUGAGAAUGUUGUCUCUUAGGAUUUUACUGCUUUGCAAAUAAACGUGCCUUUUGCAGUCUUGGAUUAGAGUUAGCACUACACUUGUUAAGGUUUAUCUUCUGUAGCAGGCUAGGAAUGUCUAUAUUUCUGUCACCCUUGUCUCAAAUACAGCGCGCACUCAUACUUAAAUAGAUAAGGCACACUUGGCUUGUCGACACCAGACUUAAAGGGUAAGGCACAAAUUUGUAUUAUUAUUUUUUAUAAAUAAGUCAAACAUUAAGCCAGUAUUUAGCAUCUUUGUCCAAACCCAUCAACUGGUUUACCUGCGUCAGAUGAAACGAUUAAACAAGACCUUGCAGGAUUUACUGACAGUUGGUAUUGACACAGGUCUGGUGUCUGCUGUCCACAGGGCAUGUGUGCGCUCUGUGUUCUCGAGCAUUGAUGAAAAGGUACCAGACUCCAUAAAGUAUGCUUACUGUGCUCCACAGCCUGGAGGUGGAAACACAACACCUGCGCUGGCUUUUACAACCACUAUAAUUGCAAUCCAGGAUACUCGAAAUAUACAGUGUCUGGUGUUUGAAGAGAAGAAGAAGAAAAAGCUGUAAAGUUGAACUAAGUACUUAAAGACAUUUAUUUCAGAUUACGUACUGUACAUUGCUGUGUGUAGGUAAAACUUGCAUAUAGUACUGGCUUCUGUACAGACCAUUUAUAUGGGAUCAAUUCAUGGCAACCCUCCAGUCUUACUUCUUGUGUAAAUAGCUCUGUAGAUAGCACUGUGUGAUUGUUGUCAUCUAUCAGUUAUAAUCUGUACAUACUAAACAAAAAAGAAAAAAAGUAUAACAGUUGGUUACACAAUUUAUCUUUUGUCCUAUUUGCUCUGUUUUAUGUACGGCUCAGAUAAACACUACAAUUUAAAAAUUAGGAAACUAUUUUUUUGUUGUUGCGGUUUCACCUUUUUUUUUUUUUUUUUUGCAACGUCAUUUCCAUUAAUGUGUAUCCUAAAAGUGUUUUUGAUACCGUAGCCAUCUGUUUACCAAUCACUCAGCUGACAAGAUUUAAAAAAAUAAAGACAUUUUGUAUGGUAUGA